GAGCCACACACACAGACACACAGACACACACACACACACACACACACACACACACACGCUUGUGGGCCUGCAGGGUGGAGCCACACACACAGACACACAGACACACACACAGACACACACACAGACACACACACACACACACACACACACACACUGUGGAAGGGGCCUGUGGGCCUGCGGGGUGGAGCCCCAGCCCGCCUGGCUGCAGGUAUGUGGAAGAGCUGUGUCCGUGUGCGCAUGUGCAGGCUUCGCUGUCAGCUCAUUGGCCCCCUCUUGAGUACCUUGGGUACUUCUCUUGUCCCAAAGGGCCUAGGUUUCUGGUCCCAGGGACUCUGGGGGAAUCUCCCUUCGGCUUGGGAUUCAGCAGCAGCCAGAACUUCAUUUACUGCCUCUGAGAAGUGUGUAGAAGACCCCUGCUAUCCCAGAUGGGAAGAGUGCAGGGUUGGGGACAGGUGGGGCUGAUGAUGGAUUCACCUGCUGGAUGGGCACUGUCCUUUUUCUGGAAAGUGCCUCUUGGGCUGGGACUCAGGGCAGUGUCCCAUCCCUGGGGCCUUUCUCUGCCUCUACUGAAGUGCAUAGAAUUGUAGGGAGUGGAGCUGGAACCCAAGCCAGGACCCAUAGAAGGCAGACUGAUCUUUCCCACCUCAAACACUGGUUCUCAAGUGGGCAGGAAGACAACACCAUUGUUCCCAUGCUGUCAAACCCCCGGGCCUGUGCACCAGCUGGGUGCCUGGCAGCUUGGAGCCUGUCUGCCAUGACACCCGCCCAGAGGUGCACACAGAGAAGCAGGGGUAGCAGAUGUCCAGCCCUGCCCCGUCUCGCCAGAAAUGCUGUUUGUUCAUUCAUUCCCUCAUUCACUUAGCCAUCUCUCAGAAACACUCUGUGCUGCCCAGAGCUGACUGUGGAGACCCAUGAACUCAGCAAGUGUUGAGUACCUACAGACAACUUUAACAACCUUAUGGCUUUUGCCUUUAUGAUCCCCUGAACUCUUUCCCUUCCCUGAAACACUUUCAUUUUACCCAAAUCUGUGUCUCCAGAAUUGCAGUUUCUAAUUUCAAAUAAACUCUUUAUUUGCAAACAAAACAAAAAUGUUAACAAAUUAGGUAAAAGCUCAGGAGUGCUCCAUCUGGGGUAGGGGCUUUAUAAGAUCAGAGAAGGCCUCAUUGAAAGGGUAAUGUGUGACGAGAGAUGUAAGGGUGGUGAGGGAGAGGGCCGUGUGAGUCAUCUGGAAAAAGAGCUUCAAGACACAGGGAAGAGUACAUUCAAAGGCCCUGGGGCAGGAGAAGUACAUGCGUGUGUUCAAGCCACAGCCAGGAGGCCAGUGUGUCUGGAGACUGGGCAGGGAGCAAGGGGCAGGCAGAUAGCAUAGGACCCUGCUGGCUAUUGUGUGGACUGUGGCUCUGGCCCCAGAAAGGGCCAUGGAGGGGUCUGAGCAGAGGGGGAACCUAAUGUGACUUAGGGGCCUAAUAAGAACAAACUGUGGACCUUGAGAGCAGAAGCGGGACAAUCCUGAGGACGUGACAACUGCUCUGGUCUAGGCAGGAGGAGAUGGCAGCUCAGACCAGGCUGGCGGGAGACGGCAGCUCAGACCAGGCUGGUGGAUGUGGGAGUGGGGGCAGGGUGGAAAAUGGGCACAUUCUGAACAUGGAGCCAGCAGGACUUGCUGAGGGUCCUGGGGCAUCCUGCGGCUUGGGGCCUGAGUGAUCUGUUGCAAUCACCUGGGUCAGAAGGAUUGUGGGGGGAGCCUCGGGAGGACGAGCCAGGAGGUCUCAGCUGAUCCAUUGGUGGGGUUUGUGCUCUGAUGGUGCCCUGGGAAUGCAGAGGAGGGCCUGCUCCUGGAGGAAGCCGCCGCUGUGGCAGGGGCAGAUGACCCUGGGCAAGGCCAGUGCUGCCCCCUGUCCCAUACGCCAGGCCCAGCAUGACACACAGAGCUCUAGGACUUGUACCUCAGGGGAGGAAAGGGCAGUGAGGGAGCUGCCGGCCUGGGGGGGCAGGGGCUGAGAAGGCUGAGGCAUACCCCACCAGGUCUGACACUGCUCCUAAUUCCAAUCUCUUGCCAACCUUAGACUGAGCUCUGGGCCUUCACCUCUCUCCAGACUUCCCAGAGGACAGGUGUGAGGCCCACAUGGGGUGUGACAGAUGGUUCAGACAGACUGGGGUGGGGGGCGGGGAGUAGAAAGAGGAAGGGGUGACGGAGCCAUCUGCCACCUGACUAUGCAAAUGGCCUCUCUGACUCAUUAUGUCCCCUACACCCCACCCCUGCCAUGAGCGCAGGGAGGAAGGGGGCUACCAGGUUAUUACAAAAUUCUCACUUCCUCUGCUCUCUGAGCUGUCGGCACGGGAAGUGAGCGCCAAGCAUCCUUCCCUGCAGCUGCCGCCCAACUUGCCCACCAGACCCUCUGGAGAAGCCGCAUUCCCUGUCAUGGCGGCGGCGCUGGCAGCGGCCCUGGCCCAGGGCACCCUGCCUGCCUUCCUGCCCUGUGAGCUCCAGCCCCGGGGUCAGGUGAACUGCAACUGGCUGUUCCUGAAGUCUGUGCCGCGCUUUUCAGCCGGAGCCCCCCGGGCCAAUGUCACCAGCCUCUCCUUAAUCUCCAACCGCAUCCACCACUUGCACGACUCUGACUUCGUCCACCUGUCCAACCUGCGGGUCCUCAACCUCAAGUGGAACUGCCCGCCGGCCGGCCUCAGCCCCAUGCACUUCCCCUGCCGCAUGACCAUCGAGCCCAACACCUUCCUGGCUGUGCCCACCCUGGAGGAGCUGAACCUGAGCUACAAUGGCAUCACGACCGUGCCUGCCCUGCCCAGUUCUCUCGUAUCCCUGUCGCUGAGCCGCACCAGCAUCCUGGUGCUAGGCCCCACCCACUUCACCGGCCUGCACGCCCUGCGUUUUCUGUACAUGGACGGCAACUGCUACUAUAAGAACCCCUGCCAGCAGGCCGUGGAGGUGGCCCCGGGCGCCCUCCUUGGCCUGGGCAACCUCACGCACCUGUCGCUCAAGUACAACAACCUCACGCAGGUGCCCCGCCGCCUGCCCCCCAGCCUGGACACCCUGCUGCUGUCCUACAACCACAUCAUCACCCUGGCACCCGAGGACCUGGCCAAUCUGACUGCCCUGCGCGUGCUUGAUGUGGGCGGGAACUGCCGCCGCUGCGACCACGCCCGCAACCCCUGCAGGGAGUGCCCAAAGAACUUCCCCAAGCUGCACCCUGACACCUUCAGCCACCUGAGCUGCCUCGAAGGCCUGGUGUUGAAGGACAGUUCUCUCUACAAACUAGAGAAGGACUGGUUCCGCGGCCUGGGCAGGCUCCAAGUGCUCGACCUGAGUGAGAACUUCCUCUAUGACUACAUCACCAAGACCACCAUCUUCAGGAACCUGACCCAGCUGCGCAGACUCAACCUGUCCUUCAAUUACCACAAGAAGGUGUCCUUCGCCCACCUGCAACUGGCACCCUCCUUUGGGGGCCUGGUGUCCCUGGAGAAGCUGGACAUGCACGGCAUCUUCUUCCGCUCCCUCACCAACACCACGCUCCGGCCGCUGACCCAGCUGCCCAAGCUCCAGAGUCUGCGUCUGCAGCUGAACUUCAUCAACCAGGCCGAGCUCAGCAUCUUCGGGGCCUUCCCGAGCCUGCUCUUCGUGGACCUGUCGGACAAUCGCAUCAGCGGAGCCGCGAGGCCGGUGGCCGCCCUGGGGGAGGUGGACAGCGGGGUGGAAGUCUGGCAGUGGCCCAGGGACCUCGCUCCAGGCCCGCUGGUCGCCGUCAGCUCAAAGGACUUCAUGCCAAGCUGCAACCUCAACUUCACCUUGGACCUGUCACGGAACAACCUGGUGACAAUCCAGCAGGAGAUGUUUACCCGCCUCUCCCGCCUCCAGUGCCUGCGCCUGAGCCACAACAGCAUCUCGCAGGCGGUUAAUGGCUCGCAGUUUGUGCCGCUGACCGGCCUGCGAGUGCUCGACCUGUCCUACAACAAGCUGGACCUGUACCAUGGGCGCUCGUUCACGGAGCUGCCGCAGCUGGAGGCACUGGACCUCAGCUACAACAGCCAGCCCUUCAGCAUGCAGGGCGUGGGCCACAACCUCAGCUUCGUGGCCCAGCUGCCGUCCCUGCGCUACCUCAGCCUUGCGCACAACGGCAUCCACAGCCGCGUGUCACAGAAGCUCAGCAGCGCCUCGCUGCGCGCCCUGGACUUCAGCGGCAACUCCCUGAGCCAGAUGUGGGCCGAGGGAGACCUCUAUCUCUGCUUCUUCAAAGGCUUGAGGAACCUGGUCCAGCUGGACCUGUCCAAGAACCAUCUGCACACCCUCCUGCCUCGUCACCUGGACAACCUGCCCAAGAGCCUGCGGCAGCUGCGUCUCCGGGACAAUAACUUGGCCUUUUUCAACUGGAGCAGCCUGACUGUCCUGCCCCAGCUGGAAGCCCUGGAUCUGGCGGGAAACCAGCUGAAGGCUCUGAGCAACGGCAGCCUGCCACCUGGCACCCGGCUCCAGAAGCUGGACGUGAGCAGCAACAGCAUCGGCUUCGUGACCCCUGGCUUCUUUGUCCUCGCCAACCGGCUGAAAGAGCUUAACCUCAGCGCCAACGCCCUGAAGACAGUGGAUCCCUUCUGGUUCGGUCGCUUAACAGAGACCCUGAAAAUCCUAGACGUGAGCGCCAACCCGCUCCACUGCGCCUGCGGGGCGGCCUUCGUGGACUUUCUGCUGGAGAUGCAGGCGGCCGUGCCUGGGCUGUCCAGGCGCGUCACAUGUGGCAGUCCGGGCCAGCUCCAGGGCCGCAGCAUCUUCGCACAGGACCUGCGCCUCUGCCUGGAUGAGACCCUCUCCUUGGACUGCUUUGGCUUCUCGCUGCUAAUAGUGGCGCUGGGCCUGGCGGUGCCCAUGCUGCACCACCUCUGUGGCUGGGACCUCUGGUACUGCUUCCACCUGUGUCUGGCCCAUUUGCCCCGACGGCGGCGGCAGCGGGGCGAGGACACCCUGCUCUACGAUGCCUUCGUGGUCUUCGACAAGGCGCAGAGUGCAGUGGCCGACUGGGUGUACAACGAGCUCCGCGUGCAGCUGGAGGAGCGCCGGGGGCGCCGGGCGCUCCGCCUCUGCCUGGAGGAGCGAGACUGGCUCCCUGGCAAGACGCUCUUCGAGAACCUGUGGGCCUCGGUCUACAGCAGCCGCAAGACCAUGUUCGUGCUGGACCACACGGACCGGGUCAGCGGCCUCCUGCGCGCCAGCUUCCUGCUGGCCCAGCAGCGCCUGUUGGAGGACCGCAAGGACGUCGUGGUGCUGGUGAUCCUGCGCCCCGCCGCCUACCGGUCCCGCUACGUGCGGCUGCGCCAGCGCCUCUGCCGCCAGAGCGUCCUCCUCUGGCCCCACCAGCCCAGUGGCCAGGGUAGCUUCUGGGCCAACCUGGGCAUGGCCCUGACCAGGGACAACCGCCACUUCUAUAACCGGAACUUCUGCCGGGGCCCCACGACAGCCGAAUAGCACAGAGUGACUGCCCAGCACUCCUUUAACCCCACCCCCACAAUCCCGACACACCCCCAACUCCCCACACCCCCCCUCUCCCCACACCACCGCCUGUUUUGCCUCUCUGCCUGGGAUGCCCCAACCUGCCUCCCUUUGCAAUCCCACCGCUCUGUCUGGCCCCCUGGCAUAGAGCAGACACAUAAAUAAAUGCUGCUGGAGGGCCAACAACUAACCCUGAGCUCAUUGGAGGUGCUAUUGGGAGGAAAAAGGGGAGAAUCCACCGGGCCUGAAACAAAGGCGGGAAGCAACAGGUGAUUGGCGGUAAUCGCCAUGGAGAAAAGGGGAGGGCCCACAGGGCUUAGGCUGGCAGGGUUAGGGGGAAGCUGCUAAGGGCAGUUGUGUUCACUGUCAUCUUUUUCGGACAGUGAGGUCUUGGUCCUUCCCAGAGAAUAGACUGGGUCUCCUGACCCUUUCAACUCCUCCCUCAAUUACCAGUCCUAUUGAGCUCGGCAUUCCUCUGUCAUUGGCCUCAGGAUCUAUCUCCCUCACCAGUAGGGCCUAGGGUGCCUCAAGGGCAGGCAGGGAAUCUGCAGGCCUGCUUCGUUUCUGACUGGCACCAGAUUCCUAAGAGGUGGUAACCCUGCAGAAUGUUCUUUCCUAAAGCGAUCAGGAAGAUGUGCAGCAAGCUCAGAGGGGGGAUUGCGCCUUCUGGUGGCCACGUUUAUGCUGCACUGGGGAGGCUGGUCCAGGCUGGGGAGAGGAAGGCCUGUGGGUGAAUCCUGGCAGCAGCGGGCUGAGAGCUAGGGAAGAGUCUAAGGUGAGCUCACAACCCAUCCCUUUCUGUUUCCGCCUUGAGUGCAUGCUGAGUCUCUCUGUUCUGCUUCAAAGGGACACCUCGGUGAGCCGUCACCUGGCUACAAAGGAGGGGCCUCCCUUUCCUGCUGCUGCCUCUCGUAGCUGAUUGUACGUAUGUGGGAGUUGCAGCCGCGAUGGAGUAUGUGUGUGUGUUUCUAGUUUUGGUGCUAGGUUUCUGUGUAGACUUUGGGAUACUGCUGGGAGCCUCGAUGCCCAUUGUUUGGAGAGAGCCUGUUCAGUGUCUCCACAAGUGUGUGAGGAGUCAUGGGUCCUGUUAGGCCCAGGGUCCUUGAGCUGCUUUGCUCAGGCCGGCUGUCUCCCAUCCCCACAAGUAAACCGGCCCUUUGAGGCGCAGAGGAGACACAUGUGGCCUCUUGGUUCGAGCUGGUGUCUGGGGCGCUGGGAGAGAGAACCCAGCUGAGUGGGCCAUGGGCCCAGUUUGGGGCAGCUCAGGGGCUCAGGGCCUCAGGGCCUCUGGGCUGGAAGGUUGGCACUCAGGCAGACUUGGCUAAUCUUGCAGCCUGGUUGUGGGGAUCCCUGGUAAGGACAGGAGGCUGCUUUUCCCCCUCCCUCCAGGCUAUUGCUGGGAGAGAAGUCUAGGCCACCUUCUCCUUUCUGACCUGGGUACAGGGGCUCCUGCUGGAGGCUGGCAUCCCCUAUUAUCUGCCUGCCUAAAAGAAAGACAGAGGAGGGUCUCUGACCCACAUAUCUGUGGCCCCAUGAGGGUCCUGAUUCAGUCCAGCUUCUGGAGGAGCAGGCUAGCAUGGCCCCAUGCACUUCCUUAACCCAUGCUUGGGGAGAAAAUAAAACAAGGACUGUCAUUCCCCUAGGCUGCAGUCUUGUGGGCGGGGGAGAGGGGGCCGCUGAGUGGCUCUGAGACUGUUCUGGCCACAUCUGGGAGCAGAAGUCAGGGCCCUGCCCAGGGUACCACAUUUUGCAUGUGAGAAGCACAAUUUGCCUGUCUCUGACCAACAAAGUCUGCCCUGGGGCAGACCCCAGCUAGGACCUCUGCAUUCCUGGCCAUGCACUCAUGCUCCCAGUCCUGGUUCUUCUGAGGAUUCAGAAGAGCAUCUUGGAGGUGAAGCAUGGGGGCUAUGGUAGGAGCAUGCUUGGGCUCCACUUAAGUCAAUCUAGAGGCGUCUAUGGUGCUCAGUUCAAUUUGCAGGGGAAAGUUCUGCUGUCAUCGACCACAUCUAGGGGCAGAGCCACUAGCCUGGGCCCUGCAGGGAGUGCUAGGAACUGGGCUCCUGUGGUCAGGAAGGACGCUGGUGGCUGGCCCUCUUCUCCACACUGCUGCACGUCCUCAACCAUUAACACUGCCCACAACACAGCUUUGCAAGGCUGGGGAAGAGAUGGGCCUUGAAUCAGAUUACCUGGGGGGACCACCAACUCUGCUGUUUGGGUUAUCCUGGGCAAGUGCCCUCCCCUAUAGAGACUGCACAUCUGCCUGUGAGAAUGGCCAGAGUUACUCUGCAGGCUGUUACAAGUAUUUAUGGUAAUGUGUUUCAAGUCUGGGAGACCUAGCUGGUCACCCAGUGGUUAUUUGUAGGUAAGGUACUUACACUGAGGACAACCUCUCACUGGGACUGUGAGAGAUUUUUCUCUCUCUAUCCAGGGAUGGAUCCUUCUGAGUCAGGGCCCUUCUGAGUCAGGGCCAGUGCACUGAAAGGGGUUCAGAGGCAGCUGUGGUGGAACUGAUUUUGGACGCACGCAGCAGUAAGUGCCAGUUUGCAGCAAGCAGCAGGGAGCCACUGAUGGAAGCAGGGUCUUAUUUUCCCACUCUGGAAGUCCUAACUGCUGGACCACAGUGGAGCUGAAGAGGAAAAGUUAAAAUUUUACAUCACCUCCUUCUCCUUCUGCCUCUGUAACUCAGCUUGCCCCUUGCAAAGUCUAGAUCACGUAGGUCACGUAGUCUCAAAAAGCGGGGACUUGCAAUACUAGGAACUGGAGUUUAUCUCACUCAGCCUUGUCCUGCUCUUUGAAAUCAUCCAGCCCCUGCAAAUCUGCCUAAUCAUGCCUGUCCAAGCCAGGCAUCCCCCUCCCCAUCUUGACCACUGUACCUGUGCGCGCGAAACCCCUUAGUUUAAACCAGCCUAUUAACAGCCAGUGUUGCCCACUACAGUCUGUCUAGAAAAACUCUGUAAUCCCUUUGUUCGGGGCUCAGAGGUUGGAGUGUUAACUCCUCUGGGCCCGCCAGUAUAAUAAAUCUGAGUUCUCUAA